CGAUUACAUUUUUCACGACACAUUUCAUACAUCAUGACUUGUUGUCUGGAGUGUAGAAAUAACCCGUGUUUUAACGGCUUUUGUCUCCACCAGUGUAGGUAAGUACAUGCAGCCGAGCCCUAGCUGUCUUCGUUUUCAUGUCAGCUGUAGGCGGGGGAAAUUACAAACCUGCAGCAUUGCUUACCUGAAGUCUCGGUACAGAAGUGACGGCAUGCUAUAUAGGUCAACAGGUGCUUUGACACCGCCGCCGCCCACCUGGCAGGUAUAAACCAGAUCAGUGUGCGUGCGUUGUGUGUGUGUGAGAGAGAAUGUUUCUCGAGUUGCAGAUCAAGUACUACUACAUCCUGCUGCUGCUGCUGGUGCUAUAGUCAAAGGGGAGGUGGUGUCGGUCGAGCUGGGAGGGGGGGGGUUGGUGGCGCAGUAUAAAAAGCGCCCGACAGUGUGAGUCGGUAGUCGUGGGUUCGUAUCUCGGCUCCGACACCUGAUCUUGAAGGUGACACCUGAUCGUUGGGAAUAAAAUUUUUAUCAACUCUAUGUGUGUGUGAGUUAGAGAGAGGGAGAGAAUAUAUGAUUUAAAUGAUGGUGACUGAACUUGAAGGACACAUUUCAUUCACGCUGAUAAGCAUAUGCCCCUGCGACUUCAUAUGUGAAAACGCAUUGAGUUCUCCUUUGUCAGUAGGAUAAGGCUUAUAGCUAAACAUUUUUAUAAUUAUUAGUAUAGAGCUUUGUAUCAAAGUCUGUGCGUGCUCCUCCUCGUCUGUUUGUCGGCGUUCGUGAGUAGUGCUCAGCACGUGCUGGCUACAGACACUCCGUGUCGCACGAGUGAGGAAGGGAGGAGAGAAAUAAAAGACUGCGCGUGAACUGCGCUGCAGUAGGCGUUGGAGUCACGCAUGUGUGACCACGCCGGCGGCGUUUCGUUUCAGACCGAACGAAAAAAAAAAAAAAAAAAAAAAAUCGACAGCGGAAAUGGUCGUGGGGAGGAACUGUAGGCGUGACUACCCCAUGCGUCCCCCGACCACGCCACAGCGAUCCCUGUCAUGCUGCAGUGUGCCGGAGGUGUCGUGUGUCAGGCAGACUGCUGCAGCAGCAGGACGAUCAGUCUGUGAGCAUGAGCGCCGACCGUUUCUGUGGCGGGCUUGCUGCUCACCCUGUACAUCAUCCGCGUCGUUGCUGAGAUUCUUCCACCUUCCACUGCUUGCAUUGCCCCCAGGGAAGGGGGAGGGGACGUUUGUGUGUUCGAUUCUCGCAGUGCCAACAGUAAACUUUACGACCGACAGGUUAGCGAUUCGUCUCAUAGACUGGAUGGUGUUCCGGCUACAGAAGCAAUCACUAGUGUGUGACUACAUUUAUGGUCGGUUUAAUGUGUUUAAAAGAUUGAAAGAUACUAUUUUUAGUUCCCAGCGCUUGUCCACCCGUCAAACACCUUCCUGCGUUCAAGAAGACUUGUUUGCGGCUAAUGGUGAAAGUUGAUACAUGAUUAUUGAACGGAAUACGUCAGUUUGACCUGCACUGAGAUGGAUACAUCAGUUUGAUGAGACGAGUUGACAUUGGACCAAACAUCCUUUCAGUGGAAUUCAUCAUCAUCAUCAGGUGAAGACAUCCGGAAAGCGGAAUACCUGUUUGAUGCACAUGGCGUCAGAGUAGAAGGACGAACAUUCGAGUGUAAGACAUUUUGCGGGGAUCUUUGACCAUCAAGACUAUAACCUGCUCGUCAAUGGUUGGUUUGGAUUCUGGGUCGCAAACUGGCUUCGUCGAUCUUUUUCGAAUUUCUGACCAAGGUUCCUAAUGGUUUGAUCGCUGGAGAAUGUAACCUGUCACCAUUCGUCAAAGGGAACUCGUGCAUAGGUGUAAAACGAGGGCCGACCUGCUUGUAACCAGCAGCCGGAGGUAACAGCAUCGUCGUCACCAUGGGCUGCGAGAUGGGCAAACCGACGGUGGUGGCGGCGGCCCACGUGGUGCCAGAGGUCCACGUGUCGGGCUUCAGCGAAAACCAGAUCGACGCCAUCCGCAGCACCUGGCCCGUCCUGUCACGUGAUGUGCGCGUGGGCGUCGAGGUCUUCAAACGAAUUUUCAGGGAGAUGCCCAGCGUCUUUGAACUCUUCGGCCUCGGGGCGUACAGCAUCCAGCGCGUGGAGGACCUGCACACACUCCCGACCUUUCGGGAGCAUGCCACCAAGUUCAUGGGCGUGCUGGCCUCGCUGGUGGACAACCUGGAGGAUCCCCACGAAGUCGACGAGGCGCUGCUUCUGCUGGGCGCCAAGCACGCCACCUUCAACGGCUUCCACCCCGAGUACUUCACCUCCUUCGGCAAGUGCAUGCUGGACGCGUGGGAGAUGGAGCUGGGCGAGGAGUUCAUCGCCGAGGUGCGCGAGAGCUGGCGCCUUCUCUUCGACUACAUCAUGACACGCAUGAAGCAGGGCUUCGAGAUGUGCCUCAGCGGAGAGCUUCAUGAUUUCAUCUACGAUGAUCACCAUGCUGUGGGUGGAGGGACUCCGGCGGUGGACGCCGCCCCACGUGACAACAGGAAUCAGUCGUUUCAUUUGGCGGACGCGGAAGACGGGAUGGUGCGCGUGCAGUGAGAAAUGCUGGCACGUCAAUGACAUCGCCGUCGUCGUCAAAGAAGUCAUCGACAUUGAUCACUCUUUCACCAAGAUUAUCUCCAUUUCCCUCACCUUCGCGAACAUGAUGGCUAAGAAUGUCUGGCUACUCAAAAGAGAAAGAGAGAAGAAGAAGGUGGGAAUCGUUGUUUUCUGGGGAAGAAAUGAAUUCCGAGAAAACCUUGGCAAACGAGUUAUUUCAUCUCCAGCAGGGAGGGAAAACUUGAACUUUACAAUAAAAACGGUAAUGCCCAGUUAAGAAGGAAUUCUGUGGCUACUUUAUUUUAACUCUUUCAAACAGUCCUUCGCCGGUUUGCAAACGCACACCUUACAUUCCCUUCUGUUCGAGCUCCCACAGAUGAAGGAUCUGAUUGGGGAAAGGAACUCAGAAUGAUUUCUGUGGCAUACCUUUCCCUGGGUCCUGAAAAAUAAGAGUCUCUUUUGUUAUUUCAUUUUCUCGCAGGUAUCGGCUGCUGAUACAAACAUAAACAACAUGGACAGUCCAUCAAUACCAAACAUAAAAUUCCAUGUGCCGUGUGCCGAGUGCUGAUGAAAUCUGUCAAUAAUUAUUUGCCUUUUGUUUGAGAGACACAGACGCAUUCCUGUUUCUGAAAUGUCUGGAAGUAUGUAUGAAGAAGAAUUAGGGGAGUUGGGACUUCAUUUAUCAUCAUGCGAGAUAAAACUAUGUCUGAUACUCUUGCUCAAUAUCCAGUGGGCAGCAGUGAAGGUAGAAAAACAAGGCUGCUUCUCAACAAUGCAACUGCUCACACAACCCAGAGAAUCCAUGUUUAUCUGAUCUUUCUCCAUGUGACUUUUAUCUUUUCCCAAAGCUCUAGAGGAUCAUCUGGUUGCUAUGGGAACUUAUUCGGAAAUUUCUUCGAAACAUGCAGUUCUGUAGUUCGUAAGAGGAAGAUCAUGUCUUCCUUCGCAACACAUCACCACUCGUGUCUCUGGUACUUGUCCUACAAUUCUCUGUUGUCAUUGCCGCCGACUGUCACAGAAUGCUUGAAGGAAAAUUACCGGUCUUGUCGCCACCCCUUCCCCCAGUUCCCUGUCCCAGCCUCAUUUUCUCCAAUUUUUACUUUCGCCAUCGCCCAGGGCCAGAACUCGCACGUUUCAUUCCGUUGGCCAUUUCACGAAGGAACCUGAGGCCGUGGACAUGAGACUUGACCUCGUGACCCACAUCUUAUGUGUGUAUUGUGCCAAUUAGUCGAGUCAUUCAGAAGGCGGAAGACUAAACAAAAUCAAUCACCUGAGUGACGACACUGAUCACACCUGCAGGCUGUCGGUCGAGACCGGCCGUUACCAUUGCGACGCUCCAUUGUUACUUCUGAGUAACAACAGUUGCAACAGAUCUUAUUCACAAAGUAAAUAAACAGAUCGUAUUUUCAGAGACGACCUUUUCUAGAACAAUAAAAGACCGGAGGGAGGAAUAAGAAAGCAAGGUAUCAUGAAAGGAUAAAACAUCAAGCACAGCAGCAGCAGCGCUAAAAUUGUCGUUAGUGAUCGACAAGACUUUAUUUUUUUUUUAUUUAUUUAUUUUUUAUUUUUUUUUGUCGAGGGCAAUAAAAACACUGAAGGAAGAUAAGGCAACAGACUGCAAUUUUACUGAAAUUAUUUUGCUCAACUGAAGAGAUGGAUGAAGCUCUUGGAUAAUCAUCGUGUGGACAGUGAUGCAGGAUGUAUACGAAUUAAAGUUAACGAGGUGACAAUACUGUAAAGGACUUUCGUAUAUUUCUAGUCUCUCCUCUCCUAAAAAUACACACAAUAAGGUAAAAAUGACUUCUAUGUGAAGAAAUGAGUCAACCUGUUCCAUGUCCUGCCAACACUGUUUACGCACAUACCCUGCCGAGGGCCUUUAUCAUCAAAUAACAAUCAAUGCCAACGAAUUGUUGGGAGUCGAGCACAAUACCCGAUAUACCCCGAUCUGCUUGAGCUGCUUUAUUUAUUUACUCGCGAGGAGUGGAUGGCAUGGCCAUUCUCUUGCAGUAUUUCCCUUUUUUUUUUUUUAAUUCCGAAAUUGAAUUGACCGACACACGUGACGACUGCGCACGAGAAGGUAAGUUCCAUCAUAGACAUUAGGAAGAUGUUGCGAUAUCAUCUCUGAUUUCCAAGUUUGUGGAUCACAAGUCGGGAAAGAUGUCAUCACGAAUUGACAGAGAUGUCUGCGAGAAAUCCCGCCACGCAAUCUCCUCAUCCGGUGAUUACAAAAAUUAUACAUCUGUAGUUCUGAAGGGAAAAAAAUCAUUGAAGACAUUUUCUUGUUUCUAAGCUGCUCUUUGAUGAAUAUGCAUCAACGGUAUGCACAGCUGCUAAAUGUUCACAGUGACUAUGAUGACAAGAUAACACAGCAAGGUUGUAUGCACUUGAUUAUCAACCGUCAUACCCACACUGAAAUUUUCUAGAUAAACUGAGCGUGGAGAUAAAUAAUAAGUAGUGUCCCCGAGUUUGAAAUCAAAAUGUUUCCAAGCACCAUCUUUAAUUCCUUGUGAUGCACGUGGAUUUAGGAAUGUAUGAUAUGAGACUGAGGUGUGACAAGAGGGAAAAGUGUAGACUUGUCAAUACUUGCGUGAAAUAUCUUGUUAUUCAGUGUACGUGCAUGUGUACGUGUGUGUGUGUGUGUGUAAGAGAGAGAGAAAUUGAGUUUCAUAGCCAGCCCUGUGAAUUGUGUGCGUGUGUCGGUGCAAGGAUGGAUAUUCGUUCUUACGUGGGCAUGCAUCCGAGAAUUGCCCAUUGUCCUGAAUUGUUUUGGGUGUGUUGUUCUAGUUUUUGUUAGUGGAUUUACUUGUCUUUAUUGUUCUCCUCUCAACAGCACAGUUGUGAUCAUUCUUGUUUUUGCAAUCUUGAAAACCAUUGUGUGAGUGCAAUAACUUGAAACGGAAAUCCUUUCUUUUUUGAUUCCCCCUUUUUGAUUCCCCCGGCCGGAAAAUCGUUAUUUGAUAUUUCGGAAGAAGGAGUUAAGGAUUGUGGAGUAGUUUUUGAUGUAAAAUAAAUAGACAAAUACACUUAACAACCAGAACAGACAAACAACAGUCUGGAAAAACAGAACGCUCUCUUUUGUUAGAAUUUGAUUUGUGCUUUUUGAGUAAAAAGAAAAGAGUAUGAGCAAAGUUUCACAUCAGCCUUUUAGCUUAGAAAAUUAUAGCUCACAUAGGAAAAUCCGUAAUUUGUUAAUUCAUUGCUAUAUGAGACUCGGCCCCUCAGUCAAAUUCAGGUUCUCAAAAUCAACCCAUGGAUACUUGUAGCAGUGCACAAAGUCAGAUUCAAAUAUCAAGCAAACUUCGUGAUGCAUUGCAUGGGCGUGUUUUUUUUUUUUUUUUUGUUUUGUUUUUUGUUUUUGUUUGUUUACACCAGUGGAUGUUUCUUCGACCACUGGACUGAACUGGACCACUGAGUACUACGUAUUCGAUCUGCAAUAGUUGGAUGUUUAGAUUGUUUACAAACAUAUGAUAAUAAUACAAUUUAGCAGCGUUUAAAAUACAAUAUUUUAAGUGUUACUGUCAUUAGAUUUUGUUUAAACUUAUUUUGUGAAUUUUUUCAUUGAAAGAUUAAGAAACCACGAACUUGUAUUACUGGACUGCUG